UUUCAAAGAAUUAUGUUCAUGAACACUAGACAUAACAGUGUUGGAACGGCUUCAAGCUAAUAUCCCCAUCAUUCUUUGCAAAUUAGAAAUGAUAUUCCCACCUGCAUUUUUCGAUAUCAUGGUGCAUCUUGCCAUUCAUCUGCCAGAUGAGGCAUUGCUAGCAGGACCUGUUCAAUACAUGUGGAUGUACCCUUUCGAGAGGUAUCUGGGUAAGUUCAAGCGAUAUGUCCGCAACAGAGCCCGUCCAGAAGGCUCAAUUGCUGAGGCAUAUGUUCAUGUCGAGUGCGUGACGUUUUGCUCUAUGUACCUUAAUGAUAUCGAGACUAGAUAUAACCGAGAGGAACAGAACAUUGACUUGGUUGGGCAAACCUCUCGAGAGGCAAGUUUAUCGGUUUUCUCCCAAAAGGUGCUCCCGUUAGGGGCAGCAAGAAUGGAAAAAUUACCCGAUGCACUUUUUUCCAAGGCCGAGUGGUACGUCCUUAAUAAUUGCGCAGAGAUUGAGGACUAUAUAGAUGAUCACUAUAACAAAAUGAAAGAAGAGGACCCCAGUAACAUUGAGCGUAGGCACCAAAGUCAAUUCCCAACGUGGUUCAGAACACGCAUUGCCGAGUUGCAUGCGAAGACUCCCUCUGAGGUGACCGAUGACAUAUAUGCAUUAGCAUGUGGUCCAGAUCCACUAGUUGCAUCAUAUGCUGGCUGUAUAAUGAAUGGAAUUCGGUUUCACACGAAUGAUCUCGAAGGGCGUCGCCGCACCCAAAAUAGUGGGGUUGUUGUUUUGCCGACCAUGAAGGAUUGCCAAUUGACUUCUACGGUGUGUUGCAGGACAUCAUAG